AUGCCAUCAUCAUCACUUAACACUUUCCUCCGUAUGGUUCCUCUCUUCUAUCUUAUAUUCUCACUCAUGAUUUGUUGUUGUAGUUCUCAGGGUCCACCUUCACCUGGCUACUACCCUAGUUCCAAAAUUGUUCCUGUUAGCUUUGAUCAAGGAUUUAGAAACCUUUGGGGACCUCAGCAUCAGAGACUAGACCAGGGCUCACUAACAAUCUGGCUUGACUCUACCUCAGGGAGUGGAUUCAAGUCACGUCAUUCUUAUCGAUCUGGAUACUUUGGUGCUGCGAUUAAGCUUCAAUCCGGUUAUACUGCAGGAGUCAUUACAUCUAUCUACCUUUCAAACAACCAAGAUUACCCAGGAAACCAUGAUGAAAUAGAUAUUGAGUUCCUUGGUACCAGACCAGAUAAGCCAUAUGUCUUGCAGACAAAUUUAUACAUCAGAGGAAGUGGAGAUGGGAAUAUUAUAGGAAGAGAGAUGCAGUUCCAUCUUUGGUUCGACCCAACACAAAAUUUUCAUAACUAUGCUGUUCUAUGGAAACCCAGUGAGAUCAUAUUUUUAGUGGAUGAUGUUCCAAUAAGGAGGUAUCCUAGGAAGAGUGAUGCUACGUUCCCUGCAAGACCAAUGUAUGUGUACGGUUCAAUAUGGGAUGCAUCUUCAUGGGCUACAGAGGAAGGAAAAUACAAAGCUGAUUAUAAAUACCAACCCUUCAUUGGUAGAUACACAAACUUCAAACUGCAAGGUUGUACCAUUGAAGACUCCACCUCGUGCCAGCCACCCUCAGCAUCACCCUCAGGCUAUGGCAGCCUGAGCCCUCAGCAGUUUGCUGCAAUGCAAUGGGUCCAAAACAAUUACUUGGUCUAUGACUAUUGCCAUGAUCCUAGGAGAGACCGUACACUUACUCCAGAGUGCUAA